AUGUCUGUAAGCAGCAUAAAGGUCGCGAGCCGCGCAGAAGCUGUUACCUUCGUUUCUGGCAUUGCGAUGGGGAGGAUGACUGCGGAAACGAAUACGACGAAGCGAAUUGCCCAGGUAAGCAAAUACCAUGAUAUUUUCGUUAUUAAGCUAGUCUGGGCUGUAGACAGCUCCUAUAAAGUAAAUUUUUCUGGCCACUCAGAAGUUUACCCACCAGGACCAUCAUUUCGCGAGACCUGUGGCCAGGGUUUACGUGAAGAGUUGCAUAUGUAG